GUAAGUAAUCUCGGUGAUAAACCAGAUCAAAUAAUGGAGGAACAUCUGAAUUAUGCGACAGUGACUUUCAGGACUGAUGGUAUUUCUGCACACGAGAAACCAAACAAUUUGGAAAUAAUCUAUGAUGAGGUGAAGGCCAGGGAGGAGGCAUCUGCGACAGAUCCUGUCUCACCAGAGAAACCAAACAAUUUGGAAAUAAUCUAUGAUGAGGUGAAGGCCAGGGAGGAGGCAUCUGCGACGGAUCCUGUCACACCAGUGGACAGUGAAAGAAAAGAAAAGUGCACUCUGCUUCAUUUGGUGGCCGCAGGUUUGGGGAUUAUCUGUGUGAUCCUGGUGUUGGUCAUUGUCGCCCUCCGUGUCCACUUCAACACAGUCAUGUCAGAGCAGCACAGAGAAACCACCGACCUAACAGAGCAGAAUCUGCAGCUGUGGGCAGAAAAGGCCGACUUACAGCGACAGACAGACGAGCUGAACAGAGAGAAAGACGGACUCAGGUGGACCAUCGGAGUCAUCAUGGAAUAUGACAACUUCCCCGUGAAUACCCACUGCCCACAGAAAGUGUGUAAACCUUGUCUGGACGGCUGGGUGCUGUUCCAGCUGAGCUGUUACCUGUUUGUUGAAUAUCAGUAUUACUACUACUGGAAGAGUUGGGAGGGAAGCCGCGAGAACUGCAGACAAAUGAAAGCAGAUCUGGUGGUGAUAGAAAGCCGGGAGGAACAGGAGUUCAUCAACAACCACACAAAAGACUACAACGAUGAACAUCAUGGCUACUGGAUUGGCUUGAGCAACAGGGAAGUGAUGGAGACAUGGACGUGGGUAGAUGGAAGCAAUUUCACCGUGACGUACUGGAGGUCAUCAGAAAGUGGCUACAGUGUGUCUUGUGCUCUAACUCUGCCACAAGCAGAUCCUCUAGCCAACUGGCAUAAAGUGGGCUGCGACAUGAGGAACCGCUGGAUCUGUGAAACAAGAGCCUUGAUCAGAGAAUCAGAUGCUUUAUCCAAACUGAUCAUUUAGAGUUUAAGGAAUCGCUCUGUCGGAGCUGUUUUUUUUGUCAGAACUGACAUAAACACAUUUUCUCUUUUUUUUCUUUUUGUAAUUUAAUGCAAGAAUCCAUUUCUACAAAUGUUGCAGAGUACAGCUUCACCUUUGAGUGACAUACAACAGGUUUGAUUACAUAUAUUUGACAGACAGAUAUUCAGAAGUUCAAUUCAAAGAAGUGUUAAUUCAAUUAUAUGUUUUAGCAUUGAGGUAACAGUAUGUUAUGUUGUACCGGACUGCUAUAUAUCCAAAGUAAUUUAUAAUAUGCUGUCCCUGUCAUGUAUGUAAAUGAGAAGGACAAAGAAUUAGACCCUCAUUCUCAAUUUAAUGUAAUCCAUUACAACUUUAACUAUGACCUCAAAAAUAAACAUAUAACUGAAUUGACCCAUUUCUGACAAUGUCACCAAAUCUGAAAAUUAAAAACUUUAUAUAGUUAGACUUUAUAGUGGAGCUGUUGUAUUGGACUACAGGUGUACCUAAUAAAUUGGCCACUGAGUGUUAAUCUAAAUUACCAUCAUUAAAUACUCUACUUUUUAAAGCAUAAGUCUGGAGAUAUUCACAUUUUUUUACUUUAAUGCCAAGAAAUCCCAUGUAAAGACUAAAUGAACUGAUCCUACCAAGUGGUGUAGAUCUUAUUCCUCUGUGUCACAGACCUCCGUUAUUGUC